AUGGAGACCACCUUGAAAACCCCACGGAGACCACCAAGAACCCCACGGAGACCACCAAGAACUCCACGAGGACCACCACGAACCCCAUGGAGACCACCACGGAGGCCACCACGAACCCAACGAAGCCCUCCAAGAAGCUCCCGAAAGCCACCUCCAGGCGUUCCAAAGCCACCUCGCAUCCCGUAG